AUGCAGCUAGUUUUUGGGCUGGGAGACCCGGUGCUAGAUAUCGUGGCUCGCGUGGACCACUCGCUGCUGGAGCGACUGGGCAUGGAGCCGGGCGGCUGCGUGCCGGUGUCAGCCGAGGAGAUGGGACGCCUGCUGGCGCUGCCAGAGGUGCACGGAGGCAUGAAGAGGGUCCCCGGCGGCAGCGCGGCCAAUGUUCUCAAGGGCCUGGCCAGCCUGGCCCCCGCCAGCCUGUCGGUGGCGUUUGUGGGCAUGGUGGGGCAGGACGAGGCGGGGUGGGAGUACCGGCAGAGCAUCACCGCCCACGGCGUGCGCCCGCUGCUGCUGGAGUCGGGCACCGGCGCCGCCACCGCCGCCUGCCUGUGCCUGGUCACACCUGACGGCCAGCGCACGAUGCGCACAGCGCUGUGCGCCGCGCUGGAGCUCAGCAGCCCGCAGCAGCUGCCGCGGGAGCUGGCACCGCCGCCGCCGACAGACGGCGGCGCCGGCGCCGGCGCCGGCGCCAGCGGGCAGCCGCCCAUUGCGCUGCUGCACUGCGAGGGGUACUGCCUGUACCGCGUGGCCAUGGCGGCGGCCGCCAUGCGAGCAGCCCGCGCCCGAGGCGCCCGCGUCUCUCUGGACCUCGCUUCCUUCGAGGUGGUGGCCAACUGCUGGACACAGCUGGGCAGCCUGCUGCAGGAGCGGCUGGUCGACAUCAUCUUCUGCAACGAACAGGAGGCGGCGGCACUGUGCCAGGCUGCCGGCGUGCAGCUGCCGCCAGCAGCAGGCGGCGAGCAGGUGGUGGCAGCUGCCCAUGCCUAUCUGCUGGAGCGAGGCGUGGGCACCAUUGCGAUCAGCCGUGGCAGCAAGGGCUGCAGCGCCAAGUCAGCGGACGGCAGCACAGCGACCGCCGCCGCCUGCCGCGUGGCGGUCGUGGACACCGUGGGAGCGGGUGACUACUUCACCAGCGGCGUCCUGCUGGGGCUGCUGAGCGGCGCCAGCCUGCAGGCAAGCGCUGCAUGCGGCUGCACCGCGGGGACGGCGGCGGUGAGGACGGCGGGCGCGGAGCUGGGGCCGGAGGCCCUGCAGCAGCUGCGUGCAGCCGUCGCCGCCAUCCUGGCGGCAGACAAGGCGGCAGCGCUGGAAGCGCAGGGAGCAGCCGUGCCGGCGGUGCCCUUGGCUGUGCACUGA